AACGAGGUGCAGAACAUCAAGUUCAACAGCUCGGGGCAGUGCGAGGUGCCGCUGGUGCGGACGGACAACCCCAAGAGCUGGUACGAGGACGUGGAGGGUUGCGGCAUCCAGUGCCAGAACCCGCUCUUCACCGAGAAGGAGCAUCGCGAGAUGCAUGUCUACAUCGCCGCCUUCAGCUCCGUCACCAUCUUCUGCACCUUCUUCACCCUGGCCACGUUCGUCGCCGACUGGAGGAAUUCCAACCGCUACCCCGCCGUCAUCCUCUUCUAUGUCAACGCCUGCUUCUUCGUGGGCAGCAUUGGCUGGUUGGCACAGUUCAUGGAUGGUGCCCGCGAUGAGAUCGUCUGCCGGGCCGAUGGCACCAUGCGGCUGGGGGAACCCACCUCCAAUGAGACGCUCUCCUGCGUCAUCAUCUUCGUCAUUGUCUACUACUCGCUGAUGUCGGGUGUCAUCUGGUUCGUCAUGCUGACCUACGCCUGGCACACCUCCUUCAAGGCGCUGGGCACCACCUACCAGCCGCUGCUGGGCAAGACCUCCUACUUCCACCUCAUCACCUGGUCCAUCCCCUUCGUCCUCACCGUGGCCAUCCUGGCCGUGGCGCAGGUGGAUGGUGACUCUGUCAGCGGCAUCUGCUUUGUGGGGUACAAGAACUACCGCUACCGGGCUGGCUUUGUCCUGGCGCCCAUCGGGCUCGUCCUCAUCGUGGGGGGCUACUUCCUCAUCCGUGGGGUCAUGACGCUCUCCUCCAUCAGGAGCAGCCACCCCGGGCGGCUAAGCGAGAAGGCAGCCAGCAAGAUCAACGAGACCAUGCUGCGGCUGGGCAUCUUCGGCUUUCUUGCCUUCGUCUUCAUCACUUUUGGCUGCCACUUCUAUGACUUCUUCAACCAGGCAGAGUGGGAGCGCAGCUUUCGGGAAUACGUCCUGUGCGAGGCCAACGUGACCAUCGCCACGCAGACCAACAAGCCCAUCCCAGACUGCGAGAUCAAGAACCGGCCGAGCCUGCUGGUGGAGAAGAUCAACCUCUUCGCCAUGUUCGGCACCGGCGUCUGGGUCUGGACCAAGGCCACUCUGCUCAUCUGGAAGCGCACCUGGUGCAGGCUGACGGGGCAGAGCGAUGACCAGCCCAAGAGGAUCAAGAAGAGCAAGAUGAUCGCGAAGGCCUUCUCCAAGCGCAAGGAGCUCCUGCGUGACCCAGGCCGGGAGUUGUCCUUCAGCAUGCACACCGUCUCGCACGACGGCCCCGUGG